AUGGGCCUGGAAGAAUUUGAAAAGGAGCUUGCGCAGAACAAGAAAAAAGACGAAGAUAAGAAGCGCAACCGGAGCAGGAGUCGCGACAGGCAUCACCGCAAGCACCGCUCCUCGCGCCAUCACGACGACGACGAGCGCCAUCGUUCCAAGAGGUCACGACACCAUCGGGAGACAUCUGAAGAGCGUGCGCGGCGGAAACGGAAAGAGCGGCAUGAAAAAGAAGAUCGAUCGCGGCGCAAGCACAGAGAGACUCACUCGAGCGACGAUGAGGACCGCCUGACACGAAGGCGCAAGUCACGACACUACCACGAAGACGAAUCUUCUGGCGACGAUGCCCCGCAAGAAAAAGACUACGUGCCCCCUGACGAUGAUAUCCUGGACCAGCAGCUCGAGGAGGCUGCCGAUGCAGACUUGCAGCGCGACGAUUGGAUGAAAGCGCCAUCGUCCAUGGACGUCGACUACGUGCAGCGAAAGAAGAAGGAGGAGAAGACAACUUAUGUCAAAGCAUCGGCUGAGCAACAGCAUGCGCUCAAGAUCCACCAAGCCGAGUUGAACCAUCAUCUGGCCGACAUCAAGGACGAGCAAGCCCCUGUAGCUGACGAACCGGCCCAGCGAGAAGUGAGCUACACAUUUGGAGACUCCGGAUCGCAAUGGCGCAUGACGAAGCUCAAGGGCAUAUACCGGAAUGCACAGGAAUCAGGGCGAAGCGUGGAAGAAGUCGCCAUGGAGAAAUACGGCGACCUGCGUGACUUUGACGAGGCACGCGAGGAGGAGAUUGAGCUUGAUCGGAGAAAAAUGUAUGGAAAGGAUUAUCUGGGAAAGGAGAAGCCGUCAGGCGAGCUCUUCGAGGAGCGCAGACUAAAAGCAGGCAUUUACCGACCGUCCUGUGACUCUGGCGAAGCAGCAGAUAUGCCCCAGGGCGAAGUUGUCCCUAAUCCACAACCAACAGCAAACACGGUUGCACUCAGCCAAACAGAGCUCAACAGACUCAAAGCCCAGAUGAUGAAGGCCAAGAUGAAAAAGGCCCCCGAAGCCGCCCAACUAGAAGCCGAAUACAACGCCGCCCUCGCAAACGCAUCCGGCUCUAAGGACCGCGAUGUUGUCGUCCUAAACGCCAUGGACAAUCGCAUGCUUGCCGGUGGCCGUGAAGGCGAAGUCAUCGCCCUCACUAACAAGCGCGGCACCGAGCGCGGCCUCGUCAAGGAAAACGACGACAUGUCCCUCGACGACAUGGUCCGCCAGGAGCGCCGCACCAAAACCCAACCAGGCGGCGAAGGCCAGCUCCUUGCCUCUAAAAUCGCAAAAGACAGUAAAUUCAACAACGACCUCGACUACCUCGACGAAAACGCCACCAAACUCGCCGCCCGCGCCCCCAAAUCCUCCAUCAACCUCCGCAACGCCGCAAUCCAAGACUACACUAAAAUGUCCCGCAUUCUCGACGCCUGUCCCCUUUGCCACCACGAAGACAAGUCACCCCCGCAACCCCCCGUCGCCCCAAUAAUCUCCCUCGCAACCCGCGUCUUCCUCACUCUCCCCACAGAACCAGAAAUCAGCACUGGCGGCGCCGUCAUAGUGCCCAUAGCGCACCGCACCAACCUUCUCGAGUGCGACGACGACGAAUGGGAGGAACUCCGCAACUUCAUGAAGUGUCUCACUCGCAUGUACCACGAGCAAGGCCGCGAUGUUGUUUUCUACGAAAACGCUGCGUUCCCUGGUAGAAAAGGGCAUGCAGCGUUGAAUGCUGUCCCUAUCCCGUUCGAGCUGGGGGACAUGGCGCCUGCGUUCUUCAAAGAAGCGAUUCUCGCCCAAGCCGGGGAUUGGACGCAGCAUAAGCCGCUGGUGGAUACGCAAAAGGCAUCGCGGAACGGCAUGGGGAGAGCGGCGUUUCGAAGGAGUUUAGCAAAGGAGAUGCCGUAUUUUCAUGUAUGGUUUGAGCUGGAUGGCGGACUGGGGCAUGUGGUCGAGGAUGAGCGGGCGUGGCCGAGGGGCGAUUUGUUCGCCAGAGAGGUGCUAGGCGGCAUGUUAGAUGUUGAUGUUGAAGUUGUGAAGAGGCAGGGCAAGUGGGUCAAGGGGGAUAGGAGGGUUGAAGGAUGGAGGAAAGGGUGGAGGAAAUUCGAUUGGACGCGGGUUUUAACAGAAGAGUAG